AUGGACGCUGCAGCAGAGCCAGCCCUGGUUCCUCCUCCAGGAAUGGAAUCAAACCUCGACGGCACGAAGGAGGCACUGCAUAUUUGGAACCUUGUCACCCAGGGCCUCUGCAUCUCCUUCACAUCGUUAUUCUUCUUCCUCCGGAUGUAUGUUCGAAUCUAUAUUAACAGAGGUUUCGGGCGGGAAGACUUGGGAAAAUAUGGUGGCGGCUCUCACCAAUGGAACGUCCCGAAGGAGGACUUUAUCCCAUUCAACAAGACUGUGUACGGUACAAUGGUCAUAUACGGACCAGCCGCAUUUCUCACGAAGGCAUCCAUCCUCCUCAUCCUGACCCGAGUAUUCGCCCCGUACAGAAAAACGGUGAGGUUCAUAUACGUAUACUUCGGGGUGCUGCUCGCAUACUAUAUCCCGGCCAUCAUCGUCAAGAUCCGCAUCUGCAUUCCCAUUUCCCACUUUUGGAUGGGUCAGACCUCAAACGGCUCUUGUUUGGAUGAAAGGGCAAUCAUCCUGGCGGAUGCAAUUAUUAGUGUCGUGAGCGACUUGACGAUUUUGAUCCUGCCACUUCUCCUGACCCAUUCUCUGCAGAUGUCGCUCAGGAAAAAGAUUCGGGUCAUUGGAAUCUUAGGUGCGGGUGGGUUGGCUUGUGCGUCGAGUGUAGUGAGGUUGGUGUUGAUUGUUCAAAGGGGGAAGGCUGAAGAUCAGACUUAUGUGUUCAUGCAAAUCAAUCUCUGGGGGAGUUGCGAUUGCGAGCUGGCUGGAACAAAUACGCUGACCGGAUCCAGUUCCAAGAUAAUUGGCUCACAGGGUAGUUUCAAUGAGACGGGAUCUGACCAAGGCAUUCUAACCCCACAGACACAAUCGGAUUUGAAGGUCGAGACUGCAAUCCGGGCUGACCAGCCGGGCUCUUCGCAUGGUCAUCAUCGCGGAGGUCAUUCAUUUACCGGACAUGGGAUCAUGAAGACGGUAGAUGUUUCCCAUACAAUCACAACCAUGGAAGAAAUCGGGAGGCGGUGA